GCAGUUGUUGCCGAAGCAAUUUUGGAAGACCAAAUCGCUGAUUUGUGGCCUGAAUACCCAUGCCUAUACGAUGUUAGGUCACCAGAGUUUAAAAAUAGAGAAAUGAGAGAGCGUGCUUUGGAAGAAUUGGCUGAAAAAUUGGGUCAAACUGUUGCAUGGUUAAAAUCUAAAUUGAAAGCAUUACGAAAUAGUUACGUGAAAGCCAAGAAACCAUCAGCAAGUGGGAGUGCUAGGAAAAAUCCUACGAAACGGUCAACGUGGCUGUUGGAGAAAUUACAGUUUUUAGCUCCCCACGUGGCUUUUAGGGCGUCUGUUUCCAACUUGGAUACGGUGUCAUGUACAACACCUACAUCAGAUCUCAGCACUGUAGAGCUUGAUGACAGCAUUGAAGAUGACAAUUUCUCAAUUGAAAAUGAAUCAUGGGAAAACAAUGAUACUGACACAAUUGAAAUAGUAAAGUCAACAAAAGAACCACUCAAAUCCAGGCAAAUUAACACACAAAAGAGGCAAGCUGAUCACGAAUAUUCCUUGAUAAAAAUCUUUCUGAUUCAAUUUCUCAAAGAAACAAGAAACCCAAACCUGAUGAAACUUCAAAACAAUAUGAUGCAUUUGGAAAAUAUGUAUCUCAAGCACUAUCAGAUUUGGACAGUGCAACACGUCAUCUGGCCCAACAUCAAAUAAACAAUAUUAUAUUCCAG